CUGAGUCAGCCAUGCUGGAGUCCAGGGAAGCCUAAACCACUGAUCAGAAGUAGCGGACAGGGAGAAAAAACUGUGCAGCAUACAGACUAUAUCAUGUUUAUUGUUUCAUAAGAGUCUGAGGCUGGAUCUGUCUUGUUGUAGCCAAGAGGCGUGAUAGAACACAACGGGAAGAUCUUUGGGAGGUAGAGAGGUCUCCUGAGUGCUUAGCCUUCUUUUCCACCCCUUUCAUCCAGCCUAACCACAGAGUGAACAUCCGAUGAAUGAAGAACAGCCAAAGGAAAUGAGAGCGUGACGAAGUUCACUUGUGACAGUGCCAGGGCUUCUCGACUGAAACAAAACAAACAAAAAUCAGAAAGGCCCAGUGAUGCGGCGAUUCAGUGGCUGUGGGUUCCUCUUAAGUGGGGAGUUCUGCUGGUGGAGUAUCUUCACCUUGGUCCAGCUCCUACCCUUCCAGGCCCAGGGGCUGUGGGGAGAGAGGACGGAGCAGCUGAGGCAUGUGAGGAGACACUGGGUGUGGAACCAAUUCUUUGUCCAGGAGGAGCACAUUGGCUUGGAGCCCCUCUAUGUUGGCAAGCUUCAUUCUGACCUGGACACUGGAGAUGGCUCCAUCGAAUAUGUCCUAACGGGGGAAGGGGCAGGGACUGUCUUUACUGUGGAUGUCAACACUGGUGACCUCCAUGCAAUGCGACGUCUGGACCGCGAAGCCAAGGCCCACUACACCCUGCGGGCCCAGGCGCUACACAAGCACACGGGUCAACUACUCGAACCAGAGUCUGCGUUCACCAUCCGGGUCCUUGACAUCAAUGACAAUGAGCCUAAGUUCCAGGGUGAGCCCUACCAGGCCACCAUACCUGAGAUGUCUGCCAUAGGCACAUCAGUAAUCCAGCUGAAGGCAACAGAUGCCGAUGACCCUACGUAUGGUGGCAAUGCUGUGGUCGCAUACAGCCUUGUGCAAGGCCAACCACAAUUUUCCAUCGAAGCAAGAACAGGAAUCCUCCGUGUGUCCCUCCCCAGCAUGGACAGGGAGCAGAGGGAACAGUAUCACGUCAUUGUCCAGGCCAAGGACACAGGUGGUCAGGAGGGUGGACUGACCAGUACAGCCACUGUUACUGUUACCCUGAGUGACAUCAAUGACAGCCCCCCCCGAUUCACUCAGGAGCUGUACCAGAUGAGUAUUUCAGAGUCAGCAGCAGAAGGUUCAGUCAUCGGAUAUAUCAGGGCUGAGGACCAAGAUGUUGGGGUCAAUGCCGACAUGUGUUAUAGCAUUGUUGGUGGGGAUGGUCAAGACAUCUUUGACAUCAGCACAGACCCCACCCACCGAUUUGCCAUCAUUACUGUCAAGAAGGCUCUUGACUUUGAGACCAGGGAAUGCUACACCUUGCAGGUGGCAGUGGCCAAUACUCAGCUGGACUCACGCUACUUGAGCCUGGGGCCCUUUACUAAUGCCACCAAUGUGACGGUCACUGUGGAGGAUGUGAGUGAGCCCCCGGUGUUCUGUGAGCCCUUGUACUACGUGGAGGUUCCAGAAGAUCUGGGGGUCGGUGUCGAAUUACUGAUGGUUUCUGCCCGGGAUCCCGACGUGACCAAUGACUCCAUCAGGUACUUCAUUGAGAGAUCAAGUGACCCUGGCAGAUUCUUCUCCAUGGACACCUUUACAGGGUCCCUGUUAACUGAACGAGCCCUGGACAGAGAGGAGAUCCAGUGGCACAACAUAACUGUGCUGGCAAUGGAACUGAACGAUCUCUCCCAAAUUGGCAGCGUGUCAGUCAUUGUGAAGGUGAAGGAUGUGAACGACAACCCACCGCGACUCUGGAAAAGUGAGGCCUUUGUUUGCAACGAUGCAGAAUCUGGGAAGCUGAUUCACACACUAAGGGCAGUAGACCUAGACGACCCAGAUGGCAUUCAGCGACUCUACUACAGCCUGGAGCCUGAAGCCUCCAACAACCCCAACUUCUCCCUCCGAGAUAACCAAGACAACACUGCAGGAAUUUUUGUAAAGAGGGGCAGCUUCUCCAUAGAAGAACAGACCAGCUUCCACCUCACAAUCUUGGUGUGGGAUGAAGAAUCACCAAUACAGACAGGUACCAGCACGCUGACCCUCCACAUGUGCCAGUGUGAGGAGAAUGGCAAGGAUCGAGCCUGCUCCACUAAGGUGCAGGAGCUCCGGACCUUUGGGCUGACCCAUCACACCCUUGCAAUCAUCUUGGCCUGUGUCAUCAUCCCUCUAGCUGCCACCCUCAUCACCUUGUCUCUGAGGAAGUGGCACAGAAGGAAGAGUAGGAGGAGGACACGCUACCCCUACAGUGCAGACACAAGCAUCCGUGAGAACAUUGUGAUUUACAAUGAUGAGGGCGGCGGCGAGGCAGACACAAAGGCAUUUGACCUUCAUGUCCUAUGGGAGGGCAAGGCCCGCCAGGGUGCCAAGUGUGCGAUCGCAUGUGGAGUUGGCUGUGGGGUUAGCCCCCUGGACGAAUAUAUCCUGGUCAGGCUGAAGGAGGUUGAUGCGGACAUCAGACCCCCCCCAUAUGACUCCAUCCGGGGCUACGCCUAUGAGGGUGAAGGAUCAAGGACAGGGUCCCUGAGCCCACUACACAGCAGCCCAUCCAGUUCUGACCAAGACUAUGAAUUUUUGAAAGACUGGGGGCUUUACUUCAGAAAAUUGGCUCUGUUGUAUGGGGUGCUUGAAAGGAAGGAGCCAUUGUAGUGCUGCCCUCUCUUGGUACCGUCUAAUCUCACCUUGCACAAGUAAUGUGAUAGUAAUGACGGGCAACAGGGUGGCAUAGCGAGUAGCACUGCUGUCUUGCCGCUUCUGAGUGGUG